AUGGCCUCCACACUUGUAAUGGGACUAGGUGUCGCUACGGCCGCCUUCUUGGGUCGUGCUGGUCUUGUCGCCUACCGUCGCUCUAAGGGAGGUGUGGGUGCUGCAGGCAAGGCAUUCUACAAGGGUGGAUUUGAGCCCCGGAUGAAUCGUCGCGAAGCCUCUUUGAUUCUCGAACUUCCAGAGCGCACCCUGAACAAGGACAAGGUCCGCAAGAAGCACCGUCAGCUCAUGCUGCUCAACCACCCGGAUCGCGGCGGCAGUCCUUACCUGGCUACGAAGAUCAACGAAGCGAAGGAGUUCCUCGACAAACACACUUAG